GGACGCGGCCAUGGCGGCGGGAGGCGGCGGGAGGCGGCGGCGGAGGACGGCGGGGCUCCCGGGGCUGUGGAGGACCUGCUACGUCCCGCUGCUGCUCUGGGUGGUGUCGGUGUGCGGCGAGGAGAAGACCUUCAUCGUGGAGACGUGGCUGAAGAACUACGGUUACCUGCUUCCUCACGACGUCCGGACGUCCGACCUGCGGCAGGAGAAAGCCAUGCAGUCGGCCGUGGCAGCGAUGCAGCGAUUCUACGGCAUCCCGGUGACCGGAGUCCUGGACCAGACCACCAUCGAGUGGAUGAGGAGGCCUCGCUGUGGAGUCCCUGAUCAUCCUCACACCAGCCGGAGGCAGAGGAACAAACGAUACGCUCUGACCGGACAGAGGUGGAGGGACAAGAAGAUCUCCUACAGCAUAUCAAACUUCACCCCUAAAGUUGGUGAGAAAGACACCCAGAGAGCGAUUCGACAAGCCUUCAACGUCUGGCAGACCGUCACUCCACUCUCCUUCCAGGAGGUUCCGUACUCGGAGAUCAAGAACGAGGGCAAAGAGGCCGACAUCAUGAUCUUCUUCGCCUCCGGUUUCCACGGCGACAGCUCCCCAUUCGACGGUGAGGGCGGCUUCCUGGCCCACGCCUACUUUCCCGGGGCCGGCAUCGGAGGCGACACACACUUCGACUCGGACGAGCCGUGGACGCUCGGCAACGCCAACCAUGACGGUAACGACCUGUUCCUGGUGGCCGUCCAUGAGCUGGGCCACGCUCUGGGUCUGGAACACUCCAACGAUCCCAGCGCCAUCAUGGCUCCCUUCUACCAGUACAUGGACACUCACAACUUCAAGCUGCCGCUGGAUGACCUGCAGGGCAUCCAGAAGAUCUACGGUAUCCCCACGGCCAUGCUGGAGCCCACCAGACCGCUGCCCACCCUCCCCUCCAGACGAACACACUCCACCUCGGAGAGGAAACACGACCGACACUCCCGUCCGGCUCGGCCGCCCGGCGACCGGCCGGCGCUGCCCGGCAACGGGAAACCGAACAUCUGUGACGGCAACUUCAACACGGUGGCCUUCUUCAGGAGGGAGAUGUUCGUCUUCAAGGAUCGCUGGUUCUGGCGUCUGAGGAACAACAAGGUCCAGGAGGGCUAUCCGAUGCAGAUCGACCAGUUCUGGAAAGGCCUUCCGCCUCGAAUCGAUGCUGCCUACGAGAGAUCUGACGGCAAAUUCGUCUUCUUCAAAGGUGAUAAGUACUGGGUGUUUAAGGAGGUCACUGCUGAGCCCGGCUACCCUCACAGUCUGGUGGAACUGGGCAGCUGCCUCCCCAAAGACGGCAUCGACACGGCGCUCCGCUGGGAACCAGUCGGGAAAACCUACUUCUUCAAAGGCGACCAGUACUGGAGGUACAACGAGGAGAAACGAACGGCCGACCCCGGUUACCCCAAACCCAUCGCCGUGUGGAAGGGGAUCCCAGACGGACCGCAGGGAGCUUUCAUCAGCAGGGAGGGAUACUACACCUACUUCUACAAGGGGAAGGAAUACUGGAAGUUCGACAACCAGAAGCUGACGGUGGAACCCGGAUACCCAAAGUCCAUCCUGCGUGACUGGAUGGGCUGCGACCAGUCCGACAUGGAGCGCUCAGGCGGCAACGGUAACCGCGGCGACCGGCAGCUGCCCCUGGACGACGUGGACAUCAUGGUGACCAUCAACGACGUGCCGACAACGGUCAACGCCAUCGCCGUGGUGAUCCCCUGCAUCCUGUCGCUGUGCAUCCUGGUGCUGGUCUACACCAUCUUCCAGUUCAAGAACAAAGGCGUCCAGCAGAGCACCAUGACGCAGCACUACUACAAAUAUCCGGUGCAGGAGUGGGUAUGACAGGCAACCGGUCCAAGCGCAUGGAUUUACAGGAGUUCAAGCUCAUUGCUAGCUAGCUAACGUUGGCUAAUGUCCUAUCAUGCUAGCUGAAAGAUGCUAAUUGUGCUACAUAUGGGUUCAGAGUGAGAAAAGCUCUGCAGGAGUAGAUUUACACUUUUGUUUGUGAGUGGAAGAGGUUUGUGUCGGCCUUAUGACACGUUUCAAUGUUUAAAGACGUCUAAAAAGAGGAUCUGAAAGUCAAAAAAACACACGUUCCAUGAUCUGAUGAGGGAACAAGAACUUUCUUCUGGGACCGACGACUCACCGCUCUCCUUCUCAGUGAAACAAAAAGAAAAAAAUAGGAUUCGGAGCAGAAAAGAAUUCACUCCUCUAAGCCAGAAAACAUCUCCAAGAUUGUUGUGACGACAACUUGAACUGCUUCAAGUCAAAUUCAACAACAAAAAAAAGAAAAGAUGCAGUUUAAAAAUAUCAAACUUGAAGAUCAAAUAUAGGUAGAAAGGCCAUAACUAAAAGAAAACCAAGGAUCUCUCUUUGGAUCAAUGAUUCUUUUCUAAGUUUAUUUUUAGUUAAGAUGUAAAGCUGUCAAAGAGGACCUUUUUCUCUCUUUUUCCACCACAAACACUCAUCACCAUCAACUAUGUCGACUUCCUUCAGCUCGUCACACAAACACACACAAAAAGAUGCGUUGAUUUACACAACUCUGAUGGAUUUUUGCGGAUGUAGAAUAGAGAGUCGUCGACGUAUAAAGAUAGAAUAGAACAACAACAGCCUUAUCUUUGUCAAAAUGUUUGCUGCGCACAAGCAGGGCAGGUGAUUAUCGGACUGAAAGUUAAAGAUAAAAGACAAAUCUUUCACUUUUAGUCCUAAUCAUAAGUAUACGGGAGCUCCAGAGGUGUCUUUAGUUAGUUUAGAGUAUAUCCUUGAUGACUGUAGUUUAGAAACACACAUGAUGCGACUUGUUUUUAGUGAUUGUACUAAAUAUAAACGGUCAUGAAGUGGUUGUAAAUCAGAAAAAAAAGAGAUUUUACUUGAACGUUGUUUCUUGUUGGCAUGUAGCAGUGGUGGAAGCCACAACAGACAGCUGGUGUUUAUUUAUACUUUUUUACCAGCAGCUGAACUUCUUGCAGUAGAAUUUAAAUAUAUAUGGGACUGUUGCUAAUUGCUACCUGAGAGAAGAAAGAUUUAACAGAAGUAGAGUGAAAGUCUUUUAAAAUGUUUAUGCAGAGAAACAUAUCACAGGGUGGGAACAGUAAAGUAUUGUUGUCUCUGAGCUGCUCUGAAAUGUUUUUUUAAGUAUUAUCUUAAAAGGUUGAGUAAACAGGUAGCCGAACUGGUUUAGUUUUGUUCCUUGACACUCUUCUUUGUAUUUUUGUGUCUCUGAGGAGGAAUUCUAAGAUGUUUCCCCAGAUAGGUUUUGGAUUAUUGGUUUGCAAAUAGCACCAAAACUGUAAACUUCUUCUGUUUUAACCCUCUUCUGCUGACGUCUACAGUUUGUUUACACAUAAAAUUAGAUUCCUACUGACCAGAUCUAAGAACUGUACCAUGCAAAUGCAACUUUUAAAGUUACUGACUACUUAUUAGCUACAAAUAUUAGACGUUCAGCAGUUCAUAAAAACAUCUUUCUACAAGCCAGUGCACCACUAGUGUGCAUUAAAGGGCAUUUAAAGGCAUCAAAACUCAUAUUUUCACCAGUAAAGGUUGUUUACUAAAACAAAAACAAGAAUUUUCAUCUUGCAUAUAUGCUAAUGAAAAUCCUAACUAAUUUUAUAGGAACAUUUUAGCUUCUCUGUUUCCGUUGCAGUGUUGGAUUAGCUUCAAUGUUAGCGCUGAAAACCAACAGUAGUUAGUGGAUGUUGUUGUUACAAAGGAUGUGUUAAGUGUAAAGAGUCCAAGAGUUUGGUUUUAAACUCAUUUAGUCGAGAAAUAUCUGGAAUAUCUGCUGAUUAACCCCAUAAACUCCUUGCGGACGCCUUUAUUGCUAGUUCCAUAUCUUUCAGUUAGCAUGCUACAUCACUAAAUGUGGAGAUCGUCGGUAUAUUUGAAGACAUUUUUGAUGUACUUUGCUCAAGAGCAGAUUAAGAAAACAGUGUCCAGAAUCAAAAUAUUGAACAUACAGAAAAAGUUACAAGUAAAUAAAUAGAACUAAACUACAGAUUCAAAAAAUCCACGCUGGUGUUUCUGCAUGACUCAAGCUACGCUAGUAAGUUUUUAGCUUUUGUUUCUACAGUCGGCCGUGAUUUAAAAUAUAGCUUUUGUCUAAGUUAUAUUGUGUAAGAAACUCAGUUAUUCAGAUAUAUAAUCAAAAUUAAUUUCAAAACUUGAGGAAAAAGGAAAGUUUAGCUAAAUCUAUCUUACUAGCUAGCCUUAACUAACUGGAGUCACUGCAUUUGGCUUUCUGAUUCUGUAAUUAAUUAUCACAACUAACCACACAAGUUAGCUUCAUUCCUAUAGUAUGAUUUAAGAUUUAGCUUUUGUCAAAAAAAUAUCUGAAACAGGAAAAAGUUGAUCAGUUAGGUUUAGCUAAAUCUGUCUCAAGAGCUAGCCUGAAUUAGCUUUAGCGGGAGUCACAGACGUUUCAUCUUGCGUAUAUGCCAAUGAAAAUCUUAACUAUGUUUACAGAAUCAGACAUUUUAACUUCUCUGUUUCCGUUGCAGUGUUGGAUUAGCUUCAAUGUUAGCGCUGAAAAUCAACAGUAGUCAGAGGACGUUGUUGAUGUUCCAAAGGGGAAGCUGUUACUCUCCAAAAAAACAUUGAUUAGACUUCUUGCUUGAGUUUAACCCGUUAACCUCAAAUUCCGUACAGCAGUUUUAGCAGUUUUAAGGGUUUUAGCGGUUUUAGCAGUAGAUUCCGGGAGAAGCUGCUAGUUUGCAAAAACAAGCAUUGAAAGAGCAGAAAAAGUAGACUUCUUGCUUGAAUGUAACCCAUUAAACUCAAAUUCGGCAGAGCAGUUUUAUUGGUAGUUUUCAGUUUUCAUCUCGAACGAAACACUACUUUGCAAAGCUACGCUAGGUACAGUUUAGCUAGUUAGCUUUUCUUCCUUUUGGCAGUUAGAUAAAGAAGCACGGCAGUUUUUGCAGUUUUCGCGGUAGAUUUCUGUUCUCUGGCCCUGAAAUAAGUCCUACCUGGGCGGAUCUUCCAGCCUGCAGAGGAAAACAGCUUAUUGAUCCACAAUCUCUGCAGUUUGAGCCCUGAAUCGAGGCUCUGUGAUGUUUACACACCAAUUUAUUAGGCUUUAAAUGGAAAAUCAGCUGCUGCAGAAUGGGGUUAAACCAGAACCUCAAAGGGUAAUAACACCAAUAGUUUGGGUGUUUCUCUUUGCAUAUUUGCAGUUAGUUAGACUAAUUGUUGACAUGCUGAAGGGAAAAGGGGAAGUAAAGCGUCCUGAAUGGAGGCAGAUGAGGUCUGUAUUAGUAUUCUGGCUGCAGCUCGGCCACAUCCAGCAGCUUAAUGAAGUUUUUCUGCUCUCAGCUCCGACAGCAGCGACUCGUCCUGAACAUCCGUCGCUUUAAUCCACCGUCCAUCUCUGUCUGAUCUUUAACCCAAACCUCCUCGGUCCAUCUGUCUCCGCUGACCUCCACUUUCUUUUCAGGUUUGACAUCCAUCUGUAGCUCCGCUUGCUCAACAAACUUCUUUGUGCUUUGAUUCGGAGCGAGCAGGUCGAUGACGGUUUGGCUAAGAUCUCAUAAUUGGCUCUGAAUGGUCGUUUUUACUCCUCAGCAGGAGUCAGGAGUCAUCAUUUAAAAAUUGUCUGCAUUUUGUGAGUUGAAUUUGAAGCUGUUUGCAUUGAUUUAAGUAUUUAAAGAAACAUGGUCUCAAACUAAAAUGUGUAAUCUGGUCCUGAGCACAAACAUCUGUUUACAAAAAGGCUGUAAACCUGUGAGAGUUUAGAUAUGUCUUCGUCCACGUUGCCUGAUUUGCAAACGUAUAGAAAAAGUAACAAAGUUCAGGUAAUGAGAAUUCAUUAACUACAGGGCUGUUACAAAAACAAGACAAUACGAACAAAAUACAACACAAAAUGACCACAAAAAGACGCAAAAUGGCCAAAACACGACACAAAAGACCAAAAGAUGCAAAACCACCACAACAAGAUGCCAAACGGCCAAAACAAGACAAAAUGACCAAGAAAGGAUGCAAAACGACUAAAACAAGACGCAAAACGACUAAAACAAGACAAAACAACCAAAACAACCUCACAAGUUUACAGCCUUUUCUUUUUGAAAACGAUCCUUUUUCCCACUGUGGAAUGACAAAACUGUUCCUGGUUUGAGAUUUGGCCUCCAGUGGUUUUGGUGUUGGAGAGCCACGUUUAGACUCUGAGUUUAGGAUUUGAUGGAACAGAUUUCUGCUGGUAUCUCAGUGUGGUUUUGAGACAUUUUAAACUGCUGCUGCUUUGGGAAGCUUUGACGGAAAGUUUUAUUCUUGCGGAUGGAGCGACGCUGCUUAAAGAUGCCGAUUCAGUUUCACAACAUCACUGCAGCUUCAUUUAAAUGCCGUUAACUUGCCAACAUGACGGUUUUCGGACCUCAAACCUCCUGCUGGGACGGUUAAAGACCUUUCUGGAGGCGUUUUAAACAACCUCUCUGCUCCGUCAUGAUUCCGUCCAUGUAUCCAUGCAGACAGUAAUCACUCCAGACCAUCUUUCUGCCUCAUUUUAAGCUUCCUAUAGACAGAACACACUGAAGAGUCUCUAUAACGUCCGUCCUCCUUUUUGUUCUUAUUCGUCGACUUUGUACCUCCGCCAUCCUGUGGUAAUUGAAUGUGUUCUCGCUGCGUAUCCUUACAAUUACCCGCUGCUGUCGAGAGCAAUUCAGCACACACAGCAUUCGAAAUCGAUGGCGUUCAAUAUCCCGCAGCGCUGUUUAGACUCGACGGGGAAAAGACUUGUUCCUCGAGGGUUGUCCAAUAAACACAGAACAAGACGUUCUGCAGAAAUCCAAAGGAAAGGAAUUUAAAAAAAAAAAAAACCCUCCUGGACCAAACUUUCUAUUUGUGUCUGAUGGUUUUUGGAUGGAGAUGCUCGACUGCAGGGAGCAAAGCUGAAAAGAAGUCAAAACUGUCGCAUUAGUUAACCGUAAAGAGUCCAAGAGUUUGGUUUUAAACCCAAACAUUUACAGAGAAAUAUUUGGAAUGUCUGCUGAUUAACUCCAUAAACCCCCGAGGACGCCUUUAUUGCUCCUUCGAUUUAGUUCAGUUAGCAUGCUACAUCAGUAUACAUGGAGAUCGUCGGUAUCUUUGUGGAAAUAUUUUAUGGAUUUUGCACAAGAGCAGCUUAAACAAACAGUGUCCAAAAUCAAAAUGUCAAAAGUUAUCAAUAAAUAAUUAGAAACACAGGUUUAAACUCCAGAUUCAAAAUCCACACUGCUGUUUCUGCAUCACUCAAGCUAGGCUAGUUAGCUUUUAGCUUUUCUUUCUACAGUUGGCUGUGAUAUAAAAUAGAGUUUUUGUCUUAUUUACAGUCAGUAGUAGGUAAGAAACUCAGUCCAUGUUGAGUAAAGUGCUUCUAAUGCAGCUCAUUGUGCUGGUUUUUACAGCGUUCUGGUUGGUUUCUUUGUUUUUAGGCUCCUGUAAUCCAGAUGUUGCUUUAACAGCGAAUGAUUCCCGGCUGGUUUCACUGAGACACAUGUUGAACCUGGAUUACAACACAAUAAGCGUCAGACUUCACUCAUAAAUUUACCUGUUAGAGAGUGAAUCCAGAUCUAAAACAUGGCUGACUGUUUGAGCUUCACUCUGGCAAAAAAAGAAGGUUCCUCCUUUCAGGAAAAUUCAGGAAGAAGUGCAGAAAUAUAAAAACUGUGAUCACAGUAAAUUGUAGAUUUAAAAGCUGGAACAAGACACAAAAGAAUCAAACAUCGCUUGUUUGAUUUCGCUACUAUGCUAAGCUAGGCCUGUUAGCGUUCAGGACUAGUUUUGUCUUUUGUGGUUUUUCCCAAACACUUGAGCUUAAAAACUCAUUUUUUAAAAUCUUUGAAACAGGAAAAAAUGGACAAAUUUGGGUAUUUGUUAAAUCUAUCGUGCUAGUUAGCUUCAACUAGCUAGCUAGCUUUGUUUUCUAUUUCUUGUGCGGGUUUACUGCCUUCUUUUUAUCAAAAAUUACCCAUUUUAUGGUGUAAUACUUGGUUGGAGCUAAAUUUUGGCCCAAAAUGCAACAUUUUUUGCUGUAUUUUCGCUUCGUAGAACAGAAUCCACUCAUUCAAAGUGUCUUUGUGAAACCAGCCCUUGUUCUUGGAUCAUCUUUGCCACGUUAGCGGAUGGAUAAAGGAUGUUUCGUGGAGGUUUUUACCGUUUAAGCAGCGAGUUCAGCUAAUGGAGCACUAAACAGAUGGUGAUUUAUUAAAUUUUAUCUUAAAGAAAAGUGUUUAAAUCAUAUAAAUGUUCAUCAUUUUAACCCUCUGGGAGAAAAUAACUUGGAUAUGUGUAAAUAUAUGUAGUGGGAUUUCCAGCAGAUAGCAGUUAACUUCAGCAGAUGUCUGUUUGAGGAAAAGAACGAAGGUACUUGAAGAAAACAUGCUGUAGUGUUUGCAUUGUUCAUACUACUUAUGGAACACAUAAAGAUAAAUAUAUGUACAUGAGACUUUUAGCGGACGCCGUCUGUCUACAGAUCUUUGUUUAUUUAUUCAGCUCGGAGGGCGAAGGGUCCUCUGCAAAUUUGCCUCUUAUAUGGAUUUUGUAUCAGACCUGAGAUAAACUGGAGCUGAACUGAUGUUUUGGAUUUUUCUGCCACGUCUCGAUCCUCGUCUUUCCUCCCGUCUGGACGUUUGUUUCUCGUCCGUACUCGUGGUCGAAGGAUGGUUGCCACUGUGCCGGCAGAUCAGUCCAACAAACCUCAGAAAGAAACGAGCUCAGUGCCACUUUGUCUCCGGUCUGGCGACGUUCCGGUGGCUUUGGACAACAGUGAGUUGCCUUUAAAGGUCGACUCGGUCGUUUGGAAUCGCCAUUCGCUAAGAGGAAGUCGACUGCCAGAGACGAAGCAUCAAACAGGAAGUUCAAAACCUGCAGGAAACACAGCAGAACUUACAAUACGAAACUUUUAGUUUUGGUUUGCAAAACUUUUCCUGAAGGCCAAAGGUUCCAUAACUUCCUAAAAUAAACUCUAACAUGUAAUUAGAUCAGAUUAACAUGAUUUCACAAAAACGUUCGUUGUGUCUUCUUGUUGAUGCAGUAGUUUUGAAUUUUUUGUUCAGACAUAAAGCAAAGAGAUAGAUCUAUCACCAUCUAUCUCUUCACUUAAUGUCUGAACAAAACAACUUAAAACUACUGUAAUGUGAUUUCUGUGAAUUCCACCAAAACAAAGAACCUGACUUGAGUUCCAGUUGAGGUCAGCAGAGUUCUGGUUUUCUGUAUUUAAUUAUGUUUUUAUGUUGCACGGCACCACAUGAGGUAAAAAAAAUAGAUUAAAAAACACAGAAAAUCGAUAUUUUUUCUACUGCAUCACCAGCUGCUCACCACAGGAAGCUGCUCAAAAUUCACCAAACAACAGCCGGUCUCUGGUGGUUUAUUCAAAUGAUUCUAUGAAGCUUAUCUCACAUUAAAGUUCUGCAGAACAUUUAAUGAUAUAAUAAUGAUUAUAUAGCGUCUUUUGUACUUUCAGGGCAUCUUUAAGUGCUUCACGUCAAACUGGAUGUAAAAAAAAAUGUAAAGAAUUUAAAGAAAUAAAACACAAAAAUACCAGGAAACAGAGUGGAAUCAAUCAGACUUUAUGCACAGUUUAUUUUGGUUGUUUUCAACAUUUGCAGGUUAAAUUAAACACGUAAAUAAACUAGAAAAAAAAUCAUAAACAGUGACGAAUGAAAAACACAAAGCAAGUUUCUACAACUGAAAUCUACAGAUAUCACUUUGGUCUUUAAAACAUUCAGUUUGUUCUGAUUUAAAACAUGUUUAAAUCCAUUAAACGGGAAAACAGGUUAAUUAGGUUUAGCUGAAUCUAUCUAACCAGCUAGCUUUAGCUAGCAGGAGUCAUUUUUGCCUCGUUUAAAGUUUUCCUACUUUAUUUUUCUCCAAAUUUGCACAUUUGUAUCGUGAAAUGUUUUUAGGUAAGUCAUCAAUAAAUUAAAUGAUUUAUAAGAAGUUUAGCUACUUUAAAUUACAUGAAAUUCUUUAGAGAGGGAGACUCUCUGCUAAACUGAGCUAGUUAGCGUUUAGCUUGUUAGCUUUUCUUUCUACAGUAUAUAGCUUUUGUCAAACUUAUGCUAAAUUAUGUUUACUGUUGAAGCAUCCAAACUGAUUUUUAGAUUUCAUUGAUUAAAUUAGUCUAAAUCUGUGUAGCCUUAACUAGCCUUAGAGUCACUGCAGUGUGAUUUUUACAUCUUGAACUUGAGAAGUUUUACUGAUUUAUAACAUAUGUAAUACUAUACUAGAUAUAAUACUGUUACACAAAUCAUAAUGGCAUUAUUUGCUUUACAGGCAGUUUAACCACUUUAACUCACUAUGCUGCUAUGCUAGGCUAAUUAGCGUUUACCUUAUUAGCUUUUCUUUCUACAGUAUAUAGUUUUUGUGAAAUUUAUCAGAAUCAGAAUCACUUUUAUUUGCCAAGUAUGUGAGCACAUACAAGGAAUUUGACUCCGGUAUUUUACAGUACCCUCUUGUACUAGACAAAUAGAAAAUUAAAUAAUAAACAAAAAUUAUGCAACAAAAAGAAAAAUAUAAAAAACUACUAACAUAACUUACAUAUGCUAAUCUAUGUUUAACACUGAGGCAUCCAGACACAUUUAAAUUUUAUGAAACAAGUGAAAUUAGGCUAAAUACAUCUGUCUGACUAGCUAGCCUUAAGUAGCCUUAGCUAGAGUCACUGUUCUGUGAUUUUUACCUCUUUUCUGUUGUACUUGGAAACUUUUACUGUUUUAUAUUAAUACAUAUAUAACACUAUACUAUUUUUAAACAAAUCAUGACUACAUUAUUUCAUUUAAAAGCAAUUUAGCCACUUUAACUCACUAUGCUGCUGAGCUAGGCUAGUUAUCAUUUAGCUAGUUAGCUUUUCUUUCUACAGUAUGAUUUAUAUAGCUUUUGUGAAAUAUAUGCUAAUGUAUGUAGUGUAAAAACAUGAGACUUUAAUUGUAAGGCAUCCAAACACAUUUGCAUUUUAUGAAAGAAAAAAUUUAAUUAGGAUAAAUCUUUCUUGCUAGCCAGUCUUAACUAGCCUUAGCUAGAGUCACUGAAGUGUGAUUUUUACCUCUGUUCUCUUGUACUUGUUAAAUUUUGCUGUUUUAUAAUAAAUAUAAUACUAUACUAUAUAUAUGUUAUAAUACUUUUACACAAAUCAAAACUACAUAAUUUGAUUUAAAAGCAGUUCAACCACAUUAACUUAAUAUGCUGCUAAGCUAGGCUAGUUAGCAUUAGCUUGCUCGAUUUUCUUUUUACAGCAUAACAAAGAUAUGUCUAAUUUGUUGUAAUGUAUAUGACAGAGGAAAAUUUAAUUACUCCGGUAUUAUUCUUCAAAACUAAUGUUUAAAACGUUUUUUUUUUUUUUAAUUGUAUUUGAGGAAACGAUGGAACCUUCACAAUAAAACGUCACAGUUGCCUUCAGGUAAAGUUUAUGCAGCCAUUGCACCGUGAAUGUCAAUAAAAAUAAAAUGUUGUUUAAAUUUACACUUAACAUCUCACUAAACUCUUGUUUCCAGCCAGAAACAAUAAAUAAUUCCACCUUAAAUCCCUGGCAGACGUCUGAUGUUGGCCGAGUGGCUCCGAGUGUCCGAGUCGUCCUUUAACUUGUUGCCUUUAGUUUCUAACGUUCUCUUUUCUUAGAACACUGCGUAGGAGAAUAAAACAUAUCAGAGGUAGUCUGGCAGACUUUUAGAAAACAUCGCAGCUCCGACUUUUAUCAGAAAUAGCUUUAAGAGAGAUUCAGUUCGUUUUUCUUACGAAGAAAAGAUGUUUUCUGUAAAUAAAGUUCCACUUCGGUUCCUUUGGUUUCGGGUUUUUUGACUAAAUGGGUUGAUUAUAAAAUCAAAAUGAAAAAAAACCUGCAGAUCGUUUGGUUUUUAUCGGCUCGUGUAAAUAAAACAGCAGCUUUUGGAGAAGUUUUGUAUUUUUGUUUCCGUCUUAUUUAAUCAUCGUUUGCACUCGACGUCGGACCAUUUUUAUGAAGAUGCUUCUAAUUAAUAAACAUGUUUACGUUAAAGAACCGAGAUUAUCCAGAUUUUUUCUUAUCAGACACAGUUUUAUUACUUAAAAUGUGAUAAAGAUCUGAUUUUUGUUCCGUCUCACAGCGAUUCUAUACCGAUGACACCACGGUCUGUUCAUGAAACGUCAAUAAAAGUCAAAACUUCA